AUUGGCUGUUGAAAACUGUGUGUACAGCGUGGCUGUGGCCGCAACAGCUGGAAGAUAAAACACCAUGACUUAUAUGUAUAAAAGCAGCGUCUCUUCUAAGAGCGAUGAAUGCGACAAUAUGUUUAGCCUACAUGGGUGAAGUCGUAAUACUGGCUGCAGGGGAGGAGAUGAAGUCAUGAACAGGCAUGUGAUAACCUGCAGGCUGAGCUUUUAUCUUGACUACCAACUGACAGAUCUCACCUGAUCUACUUGUUAUAUUACGGAUGAGAAGUCUGUAAUCAGAUGCUGAUCUGGAGUUAGUUCCCCCCCUUCGGGUAUGAGGUGCAGCAGCCCUUGUAGUAGCCUGAGCUCAGAGCUCACAGCGCAGUGAGCAGCUGCAGGUCUGCUGGUGGAAAGCGCUCACGUUUACACAGGGAUAACAAGCGGGUCUACACAGGACGGACACAGCGCUGUGUGCUCAUACAGUACAGCUUCUCCCCACGGAAGGACGUCCAAAGAGGCUACAAAAGGAUUGCCUUCUGUUCCUGCAGCAACUCUGCACCCUCAAGGAUGAUAUGCUCGUGAUGCCGGUCUGGAAGUGCCUUCUAGAGGCCCACCUUGGCAGCUAGAAGAGAGGUUGGCCUUCGUCACCAUGACAGCGUUGCCACGGGACGUGACUUCCCUGGCUGUGUCUGGCCUUUUCUUCAGUUUCUUUGUACUCUGCGUCCCUGCUGUGCUAUCCCAGAGGCUCCCUGUUCCUACUGAGCCCGUCCCAACUCCAGCAACGCAGAGCAGACCAGAGUGUGCUCGCCGAGAACACCCCAUCAUCCCCAUUCAAGCACUCAGCCCGUGGAUCUCCACUUUCUCCCACCCUGGUGUACGAGACUACUCCCAGCUCACCCUUGACCUCACCAGGAAUGAACUGAUAGUAGGAGCAAGAAACUACCUCUUCCGCCUGAACCUAAGCAACAUAUCACUAACACAGGCGACGGAAUGGGGCCCAGACGAAGACACCAGGAGGUCCUGUCAAAGCAAAGGGAAGACGGAGGCAGAGUGUCAGAACUACAUUCGAGUGCUGCUGGUCAACAAGACCGAGGUGAUGACCUGCGGCACCAAUGCCUUCCAGCCUCUCUGCAUCACAAGAGAGGUGGGCAAUAUGAGCAGUGUGCUGGAGCGAGUGAAUGGAGUGGCACGCUGCCCCUAUGACCCCCGCCAUAACUCCACAGCAGUGGUGACAGAAAGUGGAGAGCUGUACGCUGCCACGGUCAUCGACUUCUCCGGCAGAGACCCGGUCAUUUACCGCAGCUUGGGAAGAAUGCCACCACUCAGGACCGCCCAGUACAACUCCAAAUGGCUCAAUGAGCCUCAGUUUAUCUCAGCCUAUGACAUUGGGCUUUUCACCUUCUUCUUCCUGAGGGAGAAUGCGGUGGAGCACGACUGUGGGAAGACGGUAUACUCGCGGGUGGCCCGUGUGUGUAAGAAUGACAUUGGUGGGCGCUUCUUGCUGGAGGACACGUGGACCACUUUCACAAAAGCCCGGCUCAAUUGCUCUCGCUCUGGAGAGAUCCCCUUUUACUACAACGAGCUCCAGAGCACCUUCUACCUGCCUGAGCAGGACCUCAUCUAUGGCAUCUUCACAACCAACGUAAACAGUAUUGCUGCCUCUGCAGUUUGCGCAUACAACCUCAGUGCCAUCACGCGUGCGUUCAACGGGCCAUUCCGCUCCCAGGAGAACCCGCGCUCCACCUGGCUGCCCACCCCAAACCCCAUCCCUAACUUCCAGUGUGGCACUAUUGAAGAUGAAGGGCCUAAUGAGGGACUCACUGAGCGAAGCCUGCAGGAUGCCCAGCGGCUCUACCUCAUGAAUGACGUUGUCCAGCCUGUGUCUGUGGACCCACUAGUGUGGCAGGACAGUGUGCGCUUCUCCAAGCUGGUGGUGGACAUCGUGCAGGGCCUAGACACUCUGCAUCAUGUCAUGUACAUCGGCACAGAAUAUGGGACCAUUCUCAAGGCUUUAGCCACCACCAAUAAGAGUCUGCAAGGUUGUUAUUUGGAGGAGAUGCAGCUCCACCCCCCUGGUGUAAGGGAGCCAAUCCUGAGUCUCCAGAUUCUCCAUGGUGACAGGACACUUUUUGUUGGCCUGAAUGAUCGGGUGCUAAAAAUUCCACUGGCUAGGUGCUCCAGCUACAAAACAGAACAAAUGUGUUUAGAUGCCAGGGACCCAUACUGUGGCUGGGACAGGAAGCAACGUCGCUGCACCACCAUUGAGGACAGUUCCAACAUGAGCCAGUGGUUCCAGAACAUCACAGCCUGCCCGCUGCGGAACCAAACCACGGAUGGUACCUAUGGUUCCUGGGCCCCAUGGCAGCCUUGCAGCCAUGAUGAUGGCGAUGGCAUCAGUGCUUGCUUAUGUCGUUCAAGGGCAUGUGACAGCCCUCCACCCAGGUGUGGGGGCAAAAACUGUGAGGGUCCUACUAUUGAAGUGGCCAACUGCUCAAGAAAUGGGGGCUGGACACCUUGGUCAUCAUGGGGCCAGUGCAGUACCAGCUGUGAGAUUGGCUUUGAGGUACGCCAGCGAUCCUGCAACAACCCCUCGCCCAGACAUGGCGGCCGAGUGUGUGUGGGCCAAGCCAGAGAGCAGAGACUCUGUAAUGAGAAGGUGUCAUGUCCUCAGCCCAUUUUCUGGUCCUUGUGGUCACCCUGGUCCAAGUGCAGUGCCGAGUGUGGAGGAGGAGUGCACUCUCGGUCGAGGAACUGCGAGAAUGGAAACAGCUGUCCAGGCUGUGCACUGGAAUAUCAGACCUGUAAUCUGGAGUCGUGUCCAGAGGUGAGGAGAAACACGCCAUGGACUCCGUGGGUGCCGGUAAACGUGACGCAGGGCGGAGCACGGCAGGAGCAGAGGGUGCGUUACAUCUGCCGGGCACAGCUGGCUGACCCGCAUGAACUGCAGCUGGGCAAACGCAAGGUGGAGACGCGCUUCUGCCCCAACGACGGGACAGUCACCUGCGAAACGGACUCUUUAGUGGAUGAGCUGUUGAGGACGCCCGGAGUGAGGCUGACCGGCUCAGGGUGGUCGUCGUGGGAGACGUGGUCAGCGUGCAGUCAGGACUGUGCUAAAGGCUACCGCACACGCAAACGCACCUGCACCAACAGCGACGGCAAGAGCACACCCACGGCCUGCAGGGGGUCUCCUGUAGAGUACCAGGACUGCAACUCACAGCCGUGCCCAGUGAAAGGCGCCUGGUCUUGCUGGUCUCCAUGGUCGCAGUGUUCAGUGCCCUGUGGCGGAGGGCACUACCAGCGGACGCGCAGCUGCACCAACCCUGCCCCCGCCCACCGAGGGGACAUCUGCAUUGGCCUGCAUACAGAGGAGGCGCUGUGCAACACACACGCCUGCCAGGGUGGCUGGAUGGCCUGGACCGUGUGGUCUGCGUGUGACGACACGGGUCUGCAGCUACGCACUCGAGAGUGUGGCACUCAGGGCUUGACUCCAUGUAUAGGGAACAGCACUCAGACCAGAGAUUGUAACGAAAUCCCAGUGAUUCUCCCUGCAUCUGGCUAUGAUAAGGACCAGCAAUGUGGGGGUUUCACUCUGCUGCACCUGAUAGCCACAGGUGUGUCGUGUUUCCUGGGUGCAGGGCUGUUGUCCUUCCUGGUGUAUGUGUACUGCCAGCGCUUCCACAAACCCUCACAGGAGUCUGCCGUCAUCCACCCUACCACUCCUAACCACCUCAACUACAAGGGGAACACCACGCCAAAGAAUGAAAAGUACACACCUAUGGAGUUUAAGACGCUGAACAAGAACAAUCUCCUGCCAGACGAAAGAACCAACUUCUUCCCUUCGCCGCUCCAGCAGACAAACGUGUAUACCACCACCUACUACCCCACAACCCUGGGUAAAUAUGACUACCGUCCAGACUCCUCCCCCUCGCCCUGCAGAACCUACAACCACAGCUGAGACUUUUGUCUGCAGCUCUAUGGCCAUGGGGAGAACUGACACUCUGAAGCUUUUUCCCCCCCAAACUCUUACCAUGAGCAUCUCCCAUGCUCCCUCAGUGCCCGAUGAGCAGAGGUGCUCUUCUGGAACAUUCCGCCUGACUCCUUGCACUGGGAGGAUCUGAGCAUGUUGUUGAAAUCAUAAUUAACAGUCUCUGACGGAAAAAGGGCCGAGUACAAGGACCAAGUACAGCAUUUCAUACGGUACUCUUUCCCAAGGAAUGCCUAAGAUUGUGUAGCUACACUGAUGUCAGUUAUUCAAAUCACCACCUUUCUCUGUGGAACUCUUAACUGAAGAGAGUUUCAGACGUGGCAAACAUGGGGAAAUGACACUGGCCUCUCUUUAGGAUGAAACCCAGCUCUUUAGUCCCGAACACAUUAUUCCAACUGCAGCAGUUACAAGACUCUACACUUGGAAACUAUUGUAUCCUUGUUACUGCGCCAAAUGAAAAUGGACAUAAAGAAACAUGGUUAAAGAAAGGGAUCGAUGCUUAACCUAUUAGGUCUGCUUUUAUUGAGCAAGCUUGUGUUAUCACUGGACGCAAAUGUAACAAGACCCGAGAAGUCCCUCUUAUAAGCCAGAGGAACAGAGCUCUCAGAAGACAAGCUACAGGUAGAGGAGUGAUGCACUGUUGUUGAGAUAUGCAGAACCUGAUACCAUAUACUAUAUGGGCAACACUGAACCUAAUUGGUUAGACAAAGUCUGCAAGCAAACUACCAUAAAAAGCAGAGGAUGCAGCCCAAAUGUGACUCUGUAGAGUUUGGAGGAGGAGCAAUAGGAAUGCCAUUGAUGCCUGUAUGCUUUAGAGUCCACUACAACCCUCCACUAUACUCUGCUGUCAGCUCUUGGAUAGAGUAUGUUUGGAUUUCACAUGAAUAUGUUCUACUGAAUUCUGUACGCCUUGGUGGUUGUAUCAAAUACAACAAGCUUGGACCGAGGUGGACUAUAUUUUAAUAUGAACCAUUGUAGAAUAUACUGAUAGCUUGGCACUUGUUUUUUUAAGAAUAUUUUAAAGAGGGACUUAUUUGGCAGUUGUUUUGAAAUGAAGUAGGCUAGAUGGAUGUUAGGGUUUUAUUUAAAGUAAAGAACUCAAGCAGUGAUGAGGGUAUACUGAUCAUGGUCAUUUUUCCUCAUAUUUAGAUACAUAUUUUCUACUGUUUAGAACAGUUAUAUUAUUAAUCAUCAUUAUUUUCAAAAUAUGGGAUAUGUUAUACAUCAUUAACUAUCAAAUAUUCAUGAAUCGUCCUUCAAGCUCUUACAGAAGCAAAUCAAAGGUUCCCAGUCUUAAUCACAAAUAACAAAGCUUUUAUUCCACAGUAAUUUGACUAUGUGCUUGCGUGUGUGUGUGUGUGUGUGUGUGUGUGUGUGUGUGUGUGUGUGUGAGUGUGUGUUAAAAUAAGAAAGAACAGGAUCAUUUUUUGUACAACAGUAAAAUAACAGAUGGGAUCAUAAAUAAAGGGAAUGCAUGUUUUUCCAUUCUUAUUUUUAUCCCAUCAAGGUUGUAUUCAGUAUCUGAUUUACUGUUCUGUGCUCCAUAUUCCAUGCACAAACAUCAUCAUAGAGUGUAAAGGAUAUGGUGAUUCUCACUGAGGUAUGAUAUUAUUUAUAGUAAGCUUGGUUUGUAAAGGGCAUUGAAGAACUAAGCUAUUUUUAUUAUGCUUGUCAAAUGAAUGCUGUCAGUGGUGCUUUUUAGUUAAGCUAAGCACGAGUGCUUGAUUUGUACACAGGUAAUGCCCCACUAUGACACAUAAAGGUUAGUGUAAUGUACAUGUAUAUUGUAAAGCUAACACUGUUUGUUUUUUAAAGCCUUAUAGUUGUAAAAUAAUAUGUGCAGCAGCUGUGUAUAUACCAACUUUAGGGACAGUGUGGGGAUGGAGCUUGUCAUUGAGUCUAGUGCUUCUCCUCUGCAGCAGCAGAGGAGCCAAACUUCUCCAGCAUUAUGCAUCAUUUCACUUAAGAUGAUAUUCUUACUGGAACUGGAUGCUGAACAUAAUUGUGGUGAUGUAUUUUGGACAUUUUAAACAACUACUGUCCAACUACUGUCAGAGACCUUCAUUUAUUUAAUUUACAGUCAAAACAGCCAUUAAAUAGGUUACUCAUUUUUAGGGAGAUAUUUCUGAGUAGAUUAGAUAUAAAAUAAUCUACUUGCAUAAGGAGGAUGAACGUCAAAUAAAAAAACACAAGUUUACAAAACUGGAGUUCCAAAAAUGAAUAAGAAGAUUCCCAAUAACUAUCGAAGACCUGGUAGACCACCGAAACUGUCACUAUCAGAGAGGAGAAAAUCAAGUUCCACAGUUGUGUGUGUCCAUCCUUCCACUGUGAGAAGAAGACUCAACUCCUGAG